UGUAUAUUUUCAAAUCUGUGUGACCUGAACCUCUUCUGAAAUGUCAAAAGAAAGUCCUAUUCAGUAUGGCUUCAGGGUUAAAAAUAUUACUGUAUUACAACUCUUUGAGAAUGAUCAUUCAGCACUUAUAGUAUUACUCAGUUUUCCAGCCUGAAAUAAGUACAAUGGUAUUAAGAUGAAUUGUUUCAAAGUGAAGUACAGUAUAUUGUUAGAGGUAAUUUUUAAACAGUUAGGCCUGAAAAGUAAUAAGAACAAAAAUGAGGGCAGCCGUCAUAUCUUAAAUCUUCUGUAUUUUUCAGUUUCGACCGCUGUGCUGAGUGCAUAAAAAUACUAAGCUAACAAACCUUGAUUGAUAAAGAACUCACUGACAGUGUGAUUUAAAUCUUAUGCGGUCUUGAGUCAGUUUUUACUGCUUGGGGUUCUUAAGACUUAAGUGUCGUGCUUGUCCCAGUGAAAGAAGAAUGUAGGCAUCGUGUUCAUUUCUUCAGUGGGAGAACAGUCUCUAUUAGCAUAUUCUGCUGUAAGGCCAGUAUCAUGCUCGUGCUCAGUUGUGUCUGACUCUUUGUGAUGUCCCGUAGACCGCGGUCUGCCAGACUCCUCUGUCCAUGGGAUUUCCCAGGCAAGAAUUCUGGAGUGGGUUACCAUUUCCUUCUCCAGUAAUGCCAGUUUACUGAGAUAUUAAUGAUCAUUAAAUUUGUCUUAUAUACCUCUAGUAGAGCCAUAAAAUUUUCUGUUUAACUUUAUCAGUUACAAUCAGAAUUAGUUUUUAAUAUGAUAGUUCCAAACCUAUUCUUUCUUCAUGUAUUCUUUAAAAGAGGAAAUACCACAUUUUGGGAUAAUGUGGUUAUCCCAAAAUGUGGUUUUUAUUUUUGGAUAAUGCUUUUUAAAUAUUUUAUAACUUUCACUUUGGCUGGUCUGGUUGUCUAACAUGACGACUACUAUUAAUGAGUUUGUUCACUCGUUUAUGCUAAUGCAAGUCAGAAAAAAGUUACUGCUCCUUGUGUAGUUCUUUUUAAGAUAUGGUUCAUAAUAACUGUUAUUAAAUUGCCCACAACCUUCUUAUAAACCAAAGUAGUUGGUUUAACUGUGUACUGUCUCUGAAAUGAUGUGCAAAAAACCUUUUGUAAUCAAAUUGAUUUGAAAUAGGGUGUCCUAAUGCCUUCCAUAUAGUAGUUUAGUUUUGUCUUGGAACAUUCCAUUAGCACUGGUAGUUUUUAUUUUAAAUUGUGACAUGGAUUAUGAAGCUGGAGAAUCAAUCCAGCAAGAAUUGUUGGCAUAUACUAAUUAUUAAGAUUCAAAGAAUUUUAAUAUUUGAAGGCAUAAUUUGUUGGAACUAAAAAAAAUUCCUUUCAAAACAAUUGCCAUACUUUAAAAAUAAUUUUGACCAAAAAUAUUUAAAUAUAUUUGAAAAAGAACAAUGCAACUUCACUUUUUUAGGAGUUGCUUUUUGACCAUCUCAUCCUACCUGGAGCAACAGAAAUAAUGCCUGUGAAAUAAAGCCUAUGCGCUUUACUCCUAAAGACCUGUUCAGAAUUUAUGUAUUCCUCUUUUUGUUACUGUUUUAUCUUUUUAAACACACAACCAUAUUUCAUUACCUGGCUUCUCAGAACUGAUUAGAAACAGUAAGCUGGAAGGCUGUACAAGAAGUCAAGUGCAUGUUGCAGGAAACCACAGAAGAUGGCUGAUGGCAAGGGAAAAUGGUAGAGUGUAAAUCUAAGGAAGGAAGAUGCAGGAACUCAGAAAAACCGUAAUAUAAAACCUCUUAGCAAAGAGACAAACAUCUUUUCAUAGUGACAGCCACAUACAAUGAUUUACAUUUAUGUUGGUAACUCAGUGCUCAAGAUAAAAUUGAGACUAUUUCCUUGUUGAAAAAUGCUGACAUUUAAAAAGAAUUUUAGUCUGCAAUAACAAAUACUGCAUUUGGGAACUUUUAAGGAAUAGAGCCAAAUUAAGGUUUGGGUCACUGGGUAGCUCACCGCAGGAGUUUUGUUUAUAUGGCGCCAAGGGUUUCCACAGGUGUCUUAUAUAAGUGGCAAAUGUAAAUUGAUCCUGUUUCUGCUGAAGUAGUGCCCUCAAGUGGAAUUAAGGCAAACACAUUAUAGAAAAAGAGAAAACCACUUUAUGCUACCCGCCCUCACUAAAUGUUGUGCAUAUAUUUCAGUGAUGUUGAUUUGAAGAACAGCAAAGCCCUUUACCCUGUCUCGGGCAGUCUUCAUGCCUCAUUCUAGCUUGUAGAGGGCCUUUUUAGUAAUAAAAACUUUACAUUAUAGAAAAACCUCAUCAACUACCGAUGUGUUAUAAAAGAAAUACUAUUCUGUGUGUAGAUUUGCCAGGUUAUGUAUUUAAUCAUUAAGUUAAAUGGCUAAACUUAAAAUUUGGUUCUUUAGUUUUAGGAAUAUUUAUUUUUUAACUCCAAGAAUAAAAUAGAUGAAUAUGAUAUUGCUGUCACCUGCUGCUGUUAGCCCAAAUAAUGGAAAUGAAUAUCACCUCCUCACAGGAGGAUGGAAUAAAUACUGUAUUUAGAAACCAAAUAGCCACAUGCAUGUGACAGAGAAUACCUAAGAACCAUUGUUUUCAGUAAGAUAAUGAAUUAACAUAAUGAAUUAUAGUCUACUUGAUGAAAUUGUAUAGUUUUAAACCUGUGAUUCAAGUAGGGUUAAGAAGGCUAUUUUAAUUGUGAAAUAUGAAUAUCCUUGUAAAAAUUUCAAAUGCAAAUUUGAAAGUGAGAAAGAAACAAUCUUUUUUUCCUUGUCUACAUAGUUAAACUUGUGGUAUAAAAACAUUUUAUGCUUGAUACUAUACUGCAGUUAUAUUUCUUCCUUAUGUAGUAGUACAAGUUUUGAUGGCUACAAAAUUGAUUUUUAAGACAUUGUUAAUAUAAGCAGAUUUAUAAUAUCUGAUCUUUAUGAUUGAGAGAGAUUAAAUGAUAGCUAUGAUUAAUAUGAUUAACAUUUGCUUAUUAAGGAUAAAAUGUGUAAGAUAAGAAAAUGAAGCUGAGUUAGAUAAAAUGUUCCAUUAUCAAAACAUGGCACACAGAUAAAUGAAUUGUGGUUGAAGUUUUAGAAUGUGAUUUGAUGAUAUUUUUAUUGAUAAAAAUGUUCAACAUAAUUGUGAUGGGUAACUUUUUACUUAAACUACUGGUAUAGAAAUAAUGGCCUUUUUGAUUUGUGUGUUUUGCCCAAAUACAGCAGCUUAUUCAUUUAAGUUAGGCAGAGUCUAUUAAUUUUACUUUUUAAAGUUUAAAAAUGUCAGAAUAUUUAUAUAAGAUUAUAUUUUACUAGAAUCUGAGUUCAUAAAUUUCAGUGCCUUGGAAACAAACAUUAUUGUCUUUGGAGAUAAUUUACAAUUGAAUCUCCUUUAUUAAAUAUGCAAUAUUACAGUAGAUACAAGUAAUAUAGUAUGUCUUUUAACCUCUCAAGAUAUUUUUGAAAGUAUAUCAUUAUGUGUAUGUGUGUGUUUUUACUAGCUGAAUGAAGAAUUUAAAAAUUCUUUGACCUUAAUUUUAGCUCAUGUAGAGUGAAGUGUAAAGUUUCUCUUUGCUUGUCCUCCAGGCAUUUUGAUUUGCUGUCUUUUUACAGCAUGGACACCAAAUUGCUAAAAACAUGCUUUGGGACUGCCAAUGAAUUUAUCUUUUGUGGUUUUACUACACACUUAGUAAUUCCCUUUUUCUUGAGUUAAUAUUUUGGAGUUAAUAUCACAAUGAGUUCGGGCUUAUGGAGCCAAGAAAAAGUUACUUCACCCUACUGGGAAGAGCGGAGUUUUUAUUUGCUUCUUCAAGAAUGCAGUGUUACAGACAAACAAACACAAAAACUCCUUAAAGUACCAAAGGGAAGUAUAGGACAGAAUAUCCAAGACCGUUCUGUGGGGCUUUCGAGGAUUCCUUCUGCCAAAGGCAAGAAAAAUCAGAUUGGAUUAAAAAUUCUAGAGCAACCACAUGCAGUUCUGUUUGUUGAUGAAAAGGAUGUUGUAGAAAUAAAUGAGAAAUUCACAGAGUUACUUUUGGCAAUUACCAAUUGUGAAGAGAGGUUCAGCUUGUUUAAAAACAGAAACAGACUAAGUAAAGGCCUCCAAAUAGAUGUGGGCUGCCCUGUGAAAGUCCAGCUGAGAUCUGGGGAAGAAAAAUUUCCUGGAGUUGUGCGCUUCAGAGGACCUUUAUUAGCAGAGAGGACAGUAUCGGGAAUAUUCUUUGGAGUAGAAUUACUGGAAGAAGGUCGUGGCCAAGGUUUCACUGAUGGCGUAUAUCAAGGGAAGCAGCUUUUUCAGUGUGAUGAAGAUUGUGGAGUAUUUGUUGCGUUGGACAAGCUAGAACUCAUAGAAGAUGAUGACACUGGAUUGGAAAGUGAUUAUGCAGGUCCAGUGGAUACAAUGCAAGUUGAACUUCCCCCUCUGGAAAUAAACUCCAGAGUUUCUUUGAAGCUUGGAGAAACUAUAGAAUCUGGAACGGUUAUAUUCUGUGAUGUUUUGCCAGGCAAAGAAAGCUUAGGAUAUUUUGUUGGUGUGGACAUGGAUAAUCCUAUUGGCAACUGGGAUGGAAGAUUUGAUGGAGUGCAGCUUUGUAGUUUUGCAAGUGUUGAAAGUACAAUUCUCUUGCAUAUCAAUGACAUCAUCCCAGAGAGUGUGACACAGGAAAGGAGGCCUCCCAAACUUGCAUUUAUGUCAAGAGGUAUUGGGGACAAAGGUUCAUUCAGUCAUAAUAAACCAAAGGCUACAGGAUCUACCUCAGACCCUGGAACUAGAAACAGAUCUGAAUUAUUUUAUACCUUAAAUGGGUCUUCUGUUGACUCACAACCACAAUCCAAAUCAAAAAAUUCAUGGUACAUUGAUGAAGUUGCUGAAGACCCUGCAAAAUCGCUUACAGAGAUUCCUCCAGACUUUGGACACGCUUCACCACCACUGCAACCUCCUUCCAUGAACUCACUCUCCAGCGAGAACAGAUUUCAUUCUUUACCGUUUAGUCUGACAAAGAUGCCCAACACCAAUGGAAGUAUUAGCCACAGUCCACUAUCUCUGUCAGUUCAAUCUGUGAUGGGCGAGCUGAACAAUGCCCCUGUGCAGGAGAGUCCACCCUUGGCCGUAUCUUCUGGUAACUCACAUGGCCUGGAAGUGGGCUCGUUGGCUGAGGUCAAGGAGAAUCCUCCUUUCUAUGGGGUAAUCCGCUGGAUUGGUCAGCCACCAGGCCUCAAUGAAGUACUAGCCGGACUGGAACUGGAAGAUGAAUGUGCGGGUUGUACAGAUGGAACAUUCAGGGGUACUCGCUAUUUCACCUGUGCCCUUAAGAAGGCGCUGUUUGUUAAACUGAAGAGCUGCAGACCGGACUCCAGGUUUGCGUCCCUGCAGCCAGUUUCCAAUCAGAUCGAACGCUGUAACUCUUUAGCAUUUGGAGGGUACUUAAGUGAAGUAGUAGAAGAAAAUACUCCACCAAAAAUGGAAAAAGAAGGUUUAGAGAUAAUGAUUGGAAAGAAGAAAGGUAUCCAGGGUCAUUACAAUUCUUGUUACUUAGACUCUACCUUAUUCUGCUUAUUUGCUUUUAGUUCCGUUCUGGAUACUGUGUUACUUAGACCUAAAGAAAAGAAUGACGUAGAAUACUAUAGUGAAACUCAAGAACUCCUGAGGACAGAAAUCGUUAAUCCUCUGAGAAUAUAUGGAUAUGUAUGUGCAACAAAGAUUAUGAAACUGAGGAAGAUACUUGAAAAAGUUGAGGCUGCAUCAGGAUUUACCUCUGAAGAAAAAGAUCCUGAAGAAUUCCUGAAUAUCCUGUUUCAUCAUAUUUUAAGAGUAGAACCAUUGUUAAAAAUCAGAUCAGCAGGUCAAAAAGUACAAGAUUGUUACUUCUAUCAAAUUUUUAUGGAAAAAAAUGAGAAAGUUGGAGUUCCUACAAUUCAGCAAUUAUUAGAAUGUUCUUUUAUCAACAGUAACCUGAAAUUUGCUGAGGCACCAUCAUGUCUGAUUAUUCAGAUGCCUCGAUUUGGAAAAGACUUUAAACUAUUUAAAAAAAUUUUUCCUUCUCUGGAACUAAAUAUAACAGAUUUACUUGAAGACACCCCCAGGCAGUGCCGGAUAUGUGGAGGGCUUGCAAUGUAUGAGUGUAGAGAAUGCUAUGAUGACCCUGACAUCUCAGCUGGCAAAAUCAAGCAGUUUUGUAAAACCUGCAAUGCUCAAGUCCACCUUCAUCCUAAGAGGCUGAAUCAUAAAUACAACCCAGUGUCACUUCCCAAAGAUCUGCCUGACUGGGACUGGAGACACGGCUGCAUCCCCUGCCAGAAGAUGGAGUUAUUUGCUGUCCUCUGCAUAGAAACAAGCCACUAUGUCGCUUUUGUGAAGUAUGGGAAAGACGACUCUGCCUGGCUCUUCUUCGACAGCAUGGCUGAUCGGGAUGGUGGUCAGAAUGGCUUCAACAUUCCUCAAGUUACCCAAUGCCCAGAAGUAGGAGAGUAUUUGAAAAUGUCUCUCGAUGAUCUGCAUUCCUUGGACUCCAGAAGAAUCCAAGGCUGUGCACGAAGACUUCUCUGUGAUGCAUACAUGUGCAUGUACCAGAGUCCAACCAUGAGUCUGUACAAAUAAACAGGAUCAUCUGGACGGGUGCAGAAAUCAAACACACAGUUUUCAUGUUGCAUCUCACUUGAGCUGGCAGUUCUGUUCAGCGUCCAUUGCCGGCAAUGGAUGUCUUUGUGGUGAUGAUCCUUCAUCGCAGGAUUCCUGCGUUUAAAAACAAAUUGCUUUUGUGUCACUAAAGUAUUUAAUAAGCAUUUUGCACUCUAGAGAGUAUGUUUGUGUUGGUUUUUUAAGAAGUCUAAAUGAAGUUAUUAAUACCUGAAGCUUUAAGUUAAGUGCAUUGAUCAUAAGAUAUUUUUGGAAGCAUAAAAUUUUAAUUGUGACAGUUUAAAACCUCUUUUAGUCCAUUGAGAAUGUAAAUAAAUGUGUCUUCUUUAUGGACCAAGGUUAUGAAAUCAUUUUUCCUUUGUAGCUAAUUGUUGCCUUGAGGAGGAUGUACUUUGGUUUUAUUGAGUCUACUUUCAAUCCAGUGAUUAAAGUUGUUUUGAGUUUGA